GUCAUUUGAUUCAUUGAGAGUGACUUGUGUUAGUCUCUUAAAACUCAGUGGGAACUCAAUAAAAGGUCAAAGCUGGUAUGGGUAGAGCCUUUACAGGACUUUGAGAAGAGGAAUUAAUAGUCAAAAUGGUGAAAUGUCUUGUAAAAAUCCAAACCAAGAGAAGCAUUCAUUUGCGGAUGGUUAACCACUGCAACAAGGAAGUGUGCAUUCGAUUACUGCGGCACGGCUCCAAGAUCACAGCCAGAAGGGCUGAUAUCCAACUGCCAAAGGAAGAUGAGGUUUCAGUACCGGUGACUUCAAGCUCCCCAGUUAAGGACACUGGGGAGAAUGUUAAUCUUGCCGUUGAACAGGAAGAGAAGAUGAAAGAAGAACCUUUAACCAUCUCAGAACUGGUAUACAAUCCUAGCGCCAGCUUGCUGCCCACCCCUGUUGAUGAUGAGAUUGACAUGCUCUUUGAUACCUGUCCAAGAGUAGAGAAUGAGAAAGAUGAUACAGAUUCAUUUGAGGAACUGGAAGCAGAUGAAAAUGCAUUUUUGAUUGCAGAGGAAGAAGAACUGAAAGAAGCUCGGAGAGCACUUAGGUGGAGCUAUGACUUUCUAAUGGGCAACAUAGAGGUGAAUGCCUUUGUGAAGAGUUUCUCUCAACUUCUUCUUGUAGGCCUUGGACUGUUGUUGUUUGUGUUCCCUCUUCUCCUUGUUCUCUUGGAGUCGGACCUUCAAAUCUCUUUUCUCCAUGAAAUCCGUCAGACGCCGGAGUUUCAGCAGUUUCAUAUUGAAUAUUACUGCCCCCUUAGGCAGUGGGUGGCUUGCAAAAUAAACUUAAUUUGUGACAUGCUGGGCAGCUUUUAAAUUUUGAAUAAAUAUGAUACAACUAAGGGCUAUAUUCAAAAUUUCAGUUAGUGCCAGCUUCCCAUAAUGCCCCUGGGGCCAUCAGUUGAUAGCUGUUGUCAUAUCCAGUUCAUUACCGACUCUUUGGGUUUUUAAGUUCCCUUUACAUACUUAAAUUGCCCUUUUAGUUACAGGCUUAUACAGUCACCUUUCAGUAACCAAAAAGAAACUUUAUUUUAAUUGCAUUUCAGACUUCCUGCUAAUCUAUUACAUCAUAUAAGACAAGGUCACAAUAAGUUUCCUUGUCAAACCUUUCAAUCCAAGACACUAAAUCCAAUGAAACUGAAAGAAACUUUUUUGAAUAUACUCCUUAGUGCAGCAAUCUCUUCUAACCAAUGCCUAUACAAGCAAUGUUUAUGCUGGGUUUUUGUUUCUGGUUUGUUUUUCUGUUUGUUUGGUUUUUUACAUUUUUAUGUGUUUAAAAUAUUUUGGUAAAUUUUUAGCAAAAGAUAACUUCUGAUGUAACUUAAACGUACAAAUUGGUAAGAAUAAUGCACAAGGGCAUGUAGGGUGUUUCUAGUGUUUUAGCAAUGAUUUGUUUUUAAACUACUGACUGGAGAAUGAAUGAGUUUAAUACAGGUCUAUACAGAGAAACUGUGGUUUGGGAAAUAGAAAGUUCACUCAAGUUCAGUAGGGUUUGCCUGGGAGAGGUGGAAGGACACCAAGUUUGCUGAAGAAUUUCUGAAAGGCACAGUUGUAAAGCUUGGGGAAGUGAUCAGAACUGAAAGUAAUGAUCCUUCCUCUUACCAGUCUGGUUGUCUUACACUUUAUCAGUGCUGUAGAAAGUCUCAAGAUAGUCUAAGUACCUUUUCGAAGAGAGUGAGUCUUCAGUCUAAGUGUAGAUUAUUGUAUAUAACAUGGAAGGAGAUAAUAGUAAGUA